UGUCAAAUUUCAAAACAAAGGUGUCAAAUUACAAAACACGGUGUCAAAUUACAAAACAUGGUGUCAAAUUACAAAACACCGUGUCAAAUUACAAAUCGUGGUGUCAAAUUACACAGCAUGGUGUCAAAUUACAUUUUUUGCUUACUCAGCAGGAAAUGGAAUCAAAUUACAAAGCACGGCGUCAAAUUACAUUUUUUGCUAACUCAACAGGAAAUGGUGUCAGAUCACAAUUCUCAAAGAAUAACUAUGUAACAAUAUUUUAGCUGACAUCAAAGAGUUAAGUGACCUGUACAGUUCAACGGAAUUCGCCGGAUGUUCGUAUUACUGUGUAAGUUGCAACAAUUUGAUAUAUAAGUUUACUGAAUUCGUUAAAUAUUAUUCAGUCUUCUACAAGCUGAAUAACAACAACGUCUAACGUCUCUCUGUACUAAAGUUAAUUUUUUUAACAUCAUCAUGUGCUCAUCUCUAUCCGAAGAGGCCCGCCUGGAGCUACAAGAGAUGUGCGUGGCAAGUGGUCCUGCAAUCGAUGCCGCCAUAAAUGAAGCAAUAUCUGAUGAACAACUUGAUUUCGCCAUCGACGCAAUUAUCGAUAUGGAGGCUUCGGUGCCAAGCGGUUCAUCAAAGGCGGCGGCGGCGGCUAAAAGAAAGAUAGAGGAUGACGAUGAUGAUGAUUUUCAAAAUCCUCCGGCAUCUCACGAAGCUCCACUUCCUUCCAGAGGCAAAAAUAUGCAUCUGGCAAGGAAGAACAUGAGGCCAUCUUCGUCCGUCCGGUCGCUGUCACCAACGCUGUCCACCUCUUCAUCCACCACCUCGGACGAUUCCGAGGAUUGGUUAGAGAUCAUAAAUGAAGAGCUACAGCGGAGGGCGGAAUUCCGUCAGAGAGUGGACGGCAAAAUGAAUAGUAUAAAAAAGAAAAUUAAAAGCACCGAAGACCUCAUAUCCCGCAUCAAGGGGGAAAAAAAUCGCUGAGGGUUCACAGAGAGACCCUCAGGGAACAGAUUCGGCUCCUUGAUGCGCAGGAGCUCUCCCUCGAUAGGAAGGAGCGGUCUGCCAACGAGGCAAAGAAAAAAUAUGAGGUCAU